GUUAUGAAACAUGGACGAAGCGGUUACGAACCGUCUGAUACUGAAACCGAAUUAAAUGAACCUCCUUGGAAAGAAUUCACUAAAAAGACUUUGCAAGACUCAUUAAUACUCACCAGGAGGCACUCUUCAAAGUUUGAUCCUGAAGGGCUGCCACCUCCAAGAAGACAUAGCAAAUCUCCGUACAAGACUCGAAGAGGCGAUGGGAAUUCUAGAUCACCAACUCCUGGCCCGCUUCCUCUUCCACCCGGGAGAAGUGUCAGCCCGUUUUCAAAAUCUGAACGUAGGAGGCGUGUUUCAUCGUUCAUACCCGCAAGAGAUGAUCAUCUAUCGGAUAAUGAUGAAGAGUCGGAUGCCUCUUAUAAGCCGAUGCACAGACUCUUUGAUAAUGAAAAGCCGAGUUAUGCUAGAACAUUAUCAGCACCUAGACUUAGAUCAAGGGACAAAGAUCAACAACUAAAGAGCGAUCAGCAGUUGAAAAGACGAGAGGGAAGAAGUAGAACACCUCCAUCGCGCAGAAGUGUUACUCCACGGAAAGACAGAGAAGGUAGCCAUAAAAGCACACCUUCUGUAGUUGAGGUGGUUGCAAAUGCAAAGUUGGUGAAAAGUCCAGUACGACGUUCACCCAUUUAUGAUAGCACAGAUUCUCUUCCAGGUGGUGAUGUUGUCGUCUCUCGUGAUGUGGUGUCAGCCCAGAAGAUUAAGAAUGAAGGGCUGGAAAAUCGUGUCAGCCCGGAACUAAAAAUGUUCAUACAAAAAAAGCCCAUCCCGCUUCAGCGUAAUAAGUCAAACCCCAUUACUAAUUGCAAAACUAUGGUCUGCAGCAGGCAAAGUAGUAAUUUAAGCGAUACGAAUGGGAAGUCAAAUGGGAGUUCACGGAGGUUUACUGCAAAUAGGCGAAAAAGCCAGACGGAUUCUUGGUUUUCUUGCAUAGGAAAAAAAUCUUGUGGUACCAACAAGAAGUCUCCUGAAAGAUUAAGAGCCUUUGACGAAGCUUCAUUUAUUGAGAAAGCUUUCGUGGUUGAAAACUUAAGACAAUUCUGGGCUGAUAAGUAUCAACCUACGUCACUAGACGGGUUCACUUGCCAUAAACAACAAGCCCUGCAGCUUAAACAACUUGCAUCCCAGGAUAUAUUUCCACAUAUUCUUUUGAAGGGACCUCGAGGGUCCGGGAAAAAAGCUUUGACAAUGGCCCUACUAUGUGAGAUAUAUGGAGAUACUGCACGGAACGAAACAAGGUUGACUCAAGUCGCGGUUCCUGUAACAUCAAGUUCUCACCAUGUAGAGCUUAAUGUGCACUUGGAAGCUAAUGCUAAAUAUGUUCUUAUGGCUUCAGUCAAACAAACAAGUAGUAGUGAUAAUGCAGUUACUACUGAGAUCAGUACAGCUAAUCUAAAGCCAGAUUAUACAGUGAUGGUCCUUUAUGAUGUCGACAAAGCCGAUGAGAGCAUUCAGAACUUAAUAAAGUGGAUUAUGGAUUGCUAUUCGGAUGUUUGUAAACUGGUUCUUUGUUGUCAAGAUGAUGUCAACGUUCUCGAAUCAGUGAAAACUCGGUGUCAUAUUAUUAAGCUUGACGCUCCUGUAACACAGGAAAUUAUGGAAGUUCUUAUUCAGAUAUCAAGGAAAGAGGACUUUGAUUUAUCGAUGAAAUUUGCAGCAAAGAUUGCUAAUAAAUCCAAACAUAAUUUGAGGAAAGCAAUCAUGGCUCUUGAAGCCUGCAAGUGUCACAACUAUCCAUUUGUUGAAGAUCAACCAAUUGCAAUAGGAUGGGAAGAUGUACUUAUUGACCUUGCUGCUGAGAUUUUAGCCGAUCCAUCACACAAGAGGCUAUUUAUCACAAGGGAAAAACUACAGAAACUUUUGGUGGAAUUUGUUCACCCGAAACUGAUUCUUCUGAAACUCAUUGAACAGCUCCUCAAGGGUGUUGAAGCUAAUAUCAAAAGGGAACUAUAUUAUUGGCAUGGAUAUUAUGAUAAGAGACUCCCUGUUGGAACCAGUGCCUUAUUAAAGCUAGAAGAGUUUGUUGCAAAAUUCAUGAGUAUACACAGGAAGACUUUACAUAAUCAUCUGUGACUGAACCUUGGGGAAGCAUGAAUAACAUGAAUAGGGGAUAACAAGGUGUCUCCUUGUAACUUCUAGCGGGUCGUAGUCGAAUUUUUCUUUGAUUUUCCAAGUGUAAACAUAAUGCAAUCCCAUUUGCAAUGAAGUUCUUGAUGAAAUAUGUGAGUUUAUGUUACCAUUUGUAACUCUUUGGUUAAUGGUUAAUGAUCAUGUUUGAUGUA